AUGCGCCCCUGCGACGUAUACGUGAAGGAGCUAUCUACGCUCUCGCGAGGGCAUGCUGUCCACAACCCUCGGCGCGACAAAUUCCAGUCCGGUCGCGGGCUUCGCCCCGCUGUCGACGUUGGCGAUGUUGCAUACGAUCUUGACGGGAUGCUGAUACGCUUGUUUAACUGCUUAUUGCCACGAAAUCAACAGGACGAGGAUUGCGUCUUCCCAGAUGACUUCGAAAUUCUCGAGCUGGCCGAUUCGCGUAGCAUUCAUGGUCAACCCGCGCGCAUUAUCGUCAAGGAAAAUCACAGUCGUCCCGGACCAUUUUACUCCAAAGGUGUUCAAAUGGUGAAGGUGGAAGCUAGUGUAUCCGCAGCCUCUUCGGCCGGCGCGCGGAUCGCGUUCCGCGCCCAUCACGAACAAGGCGCUGUCCUACUCACGUCCGGACCCAUCAGAACUCGUCAGAGUCCUAAUCGUCCCGCUUUUGAGAAGUAUCUGGUGAAACACUUCGAUGCAUUGUGCCUGCUUCUGCAAUCGCAGGAAUUGGACGUUCAGCCUGAGGAGUUGAUGUUGAUCACUGGCGUUGACACCACUGCCGCCUGGUCAAACCUAUCCUUCACCGAGGGUCAGAUUGAAGGCGACUUCGGCGUGAACAUACCGAGCGCUAGUCCUAUUGAGAUACGAGUGGCGGCCAGCAUGGAGCUAAGCAGGGCACAGUCUGUUACUCGGGAUUCGGGUCCUAACCCAGAGGAUAUGGAAAUCAAAUGUGCCCUCUCAUCGGAUGCAAACGCGUCCGAUAUACCAAAGAAGGAGAUGUUACCUAAUCAAGUUGUGUUUGUUCGUGCACUGCGGGGGAAAAGACGUCUAUUCCGAGGACUGAAGAUUAUCGCGAAUGCCGACCCUGAAGGCUUGUCUGGUGGACCAUCCGGCGAUGGGGAUAGUUCGGUGCUUAGUAUUGAGAAUGUUGAAGACCGAGCUUCGCGAGAAGACUUUUUGACCCCAGUCCUCGAUCUCAUCCUUGCGAACUCUGAUGUAGACAUGGCCGUCGUUCAUGAUGAUGAUUAUGACUUUUACAACCAAUACGUCUCGAGGCAAGCCGAUCCGUCCGCGCCUGUGAGCCUUGUGUCAUGUCGGGGCGAUGAGGGAGCCAUAUUUGGUGUGCUAGACGUGCAGGCUAGCAGCGCAAUGACCUCAGGAUAUAGUGGGACUUUGUCAAAAUCACUGGAAACGACCAGCCUCGAGGACGCUGAUAUACAUGCUCUCGGCGGAUCACAAUCAUCAUACGAAACGGUUCUGGACUCUGAAGCUGUAGGCCUUGAAAACAUAACGACCUUGAACGGACUUGAAGAACAUUUGACAUCGGAGGCCUGCACCUCUGCAACACCGCUGGAUACCACCCCUUCUCUCUCACGUUUGAGCUCUCCUUCGCACAUUGGGCACUCCAUCGUCCGCCCUGAAGCAACCGCGCAAUCUGGCCACCUCUACACUACUCAAGAUAUGCUCUCACCAGGCCACAUUGACUCCGCACUAACUAGCCUGGAUCGUACCAUUAUCUUUGGCCUCCUCGAGCGCAGCCAAUUUGCGCAUAAUCCGCGCGUCUACCAGCGUGGCGCUUUUCCAGAACUCGUCAAGCUCGGGUUUGAGGGAAGCUGGGUUGAAUGGUUCCUCAAGGAAACCGAGAGCUUCCACGCUAAAGCACGACGCUACACUUCCCCGGACGAGUGCCCAUUCACGCCUCUGUCUGAGCUACCCGGAUCAGUCCUACCCACUCUCGCGUACCCUUCGUUAUUGCAUCCGAACCGUGUGAACGCCAGCAAAUCUAUUCUCGCAUUUUAUACCCGCAGCAUUGUUCCGCGCAUCACCGCCGGCGCCACUCACGCGCUCGCAGCGUUUAAACGAUCCAUGGGCGUCAUUGGGGAGGAUGAGCAGGAGGAUGACGGAAACUACGGUUCGGCGGCUACGCUUGAUGUUGCAUUAUUGCAAGCGAUGAGCAAGCGAGUUCAUUACGGCAAGUUCCUCAGCGAGAGCGAGUUCGUUGCCGCCCCCGCCUCUUUCAUCCCGCACAUACGUAACCUCAAUACGGAAGCUCUGGAAGAGCUCAUCACCAAGCCUGAACUGGAAACACGAUUGCUGCAGAGUCUGCGACAGAAAGCACAGCUAUAUGCACAGGGAUCCGCCUCUGACGGUGAAGUGCUUCCCUCAGAAAAAGGAAAUUUCGAUGUCGACAUUGUCGUGGAUCUCUACGAAAGCUACAUGCUACCACUUAUGAAGGAAGUUGAGGUUGACUAUCUCCUUCAACGCCUGGAAGGCCUGUCGACCGAAAGGAUAGAAGCCCUGUUGAAAGGCGCCAGGGUAGACUGA